UCAGCGAGUGUCGUUGAGUAAACACAUGCGUUUAGUGAAUGUACGCGUACGGCGCGUGUGUGUGUUAAAUGUGCUAUUAGUAAAAUAAAAAGUGUAAAAAACUAUAUAAAACCUGUCUGUAUAUUAAAGUCAAUAUAAAUAAGUUAUCUUGAAGGUGAUUACAAGAAAAAUGUUAACACAAACUUUCUUUUAAUGUCGUUAGAGAGAAUACCAUGAUUGCUUAAACGAGCGUGAAUAAAUAGUGAUUAAGAAAGAGUGAUUGAAAAAAUUAUUUUGCCAACAUAACGGAAUUAACGGCGAAUUGUAUUAAGACGCCCAGCGCUUCUAUUCAUCAAAAUAUAUUUAUGACUAAAAUGAUUCCGCCGGUACCCACUUCAGCCGUGAUGUUGCCAACGCCCAAGCAAAAGAUCGGCUUUAGCAUUGAGUCGAUCGUUGGCAAUGAUGCUAAUUCAGCUAAUACCGUCGGCAGCAGUAAUGCUGCUAUGAUUAAUGAUUCCCUAAAUACUUCGGAGGAUCAGAAUUCCGCGAACAGUACCAGUAACGGACCCACCUCACCGCCCCAAACUCCCCCUUAUAAUUUGCCAAGUUUGACUGCAUUAAAUCAUCAUCAUCAUCUGUUACCGGUACCGCAGGCCGGUUAUAUGGCCGCUCAUCAUCUGUCGUUGGCCCAACAGCAAGCUUUACAUCAUCAUAUUUUGAUGCAACAGCAGCAGCAACAGCAACAACAACCGCAACAGCAUCAGCAAACAAAUCCUCCAAAACCAGACAUUACGGACAUUAUACAACGUUUACAUAAUUCAGCGGCGGCGGCAGUUCAUUUGAACUCUGCCGCCAAUAGCCCGUAUAGUCCACCGCCUCAAACACGUCUUUCACCAGACUCGAUAUCAAAUAAUACCCAACAAUCCCAGCUAUAUCACCAUCAAUCGCUGAACAACAGCUUAAAACGCGAACGUUCUCCGAUACCGCAACAGUUGGAGAAUGCUCAAAAUCCCGCUCAUCGCCAUCAACCGCCCCAUACACCUCCAAAAUCAGUAUCACCGCAAUCUUCGCAACCAUCGACUCCACCAGCUUCAGCGCAGCCUAAUUCAAGUGUAACUGGCAGUCCUAGUUUGGCACAGCACUACGGCAAGCCAAGUCCAGCUUCUGCUACUUUAAGCAGCCACGGAAGUGUGCCGAUUUUAGUACCGGGAUUACCGCCCGCGAAUAUAGUAAGACCAUUUCCUAUGGGUCCUGGAGGACCCCCACCUCCACCACCACCCCCGCAACAAGGCAUGCCCGACAUCAAGGCUUUGCCACCCUACAUAAAUACCCCGCCAGAAUUGCCACCGCAUCAGCAUAAUCCUCAUUUAAUAGCUGCGGCCCAAUUUCAAAUGGCAGCCGCUUUGCAGGCGGGGCAUGUCUUAGGACCUGCAGCUGCAGCUGCCGCCGCUGCUGGCCUGCCUCCGCAUGCUGGACCCUUUAUGCCCGGACCCGGACUCCCGCGUGACAGUUAUCCCCUCUAUCCUUGGCUACUUAGCCGUCACGGAAGAAUAUUUCCCCACCGUUUUCCAGGCAAUUUUCUAUUGCAACCCUUCCGUAAACCUAAACGUAUACGUACGGCUUUCUCACCCUCUCAACUAUUAAAACUCGAGCACGCUUUCGAAAGUAAUCAGUAUGUAGUGGGAGCUGAACGUAAAGCUUUGGCUCAGUCUCUGAAUCUUUCCGAAACCCAGGUAAAAGUGUGGUUCCAAAAUCGUCGAACCAAACAUAAACGUAUGCAGCAGGAAGACGAGAAAGGCGGCAAUCCUUCCGAGCGCAAUUCUCAAAAUACCAGCUGUGACGAAGACGAUGACGAGCUAAUCGAUAUGGAAAUGGAUGAUUGUCCUAGCGACGAUGAACAUGAAUUAGAAGCGACAAAUCACUAGCUAGAAUAUAACGGCAGAAGGGACAACACAUAACCUCAUUCUGUAUAAUUAUGUAAAUA